AUGGCAAGUUUAAGUGAUGUAGGCCGAAUUUUAGCGGACCUACAUUAUACUUAUUCCAUUUCAAGGAGGGACCUUAUUAAAUUGACUUUAAAUAAGGAUUUAAAUGAGGUUCUUACAGCAAGUCUUAUCCAAGAAGGGCUGUUAUUUGGCUUCAACCUCAGCCUCAACCCAGCAGGAAAACUUUUACCGUCCAGCCCCGAGUUACAGAGCCAGGAGGGCGACUGGACAAAGAGUUCAAUUGAAGGCUCAGACAUCAACAUCAAUGAACAGUCGAUACUACAGAGUUUCCAGCCAAGGCAAGAGACUGCAAGGAUAUCGUCCACUGGACAAGAGGAGGUAACUCAUCAGAAUUCCGCACCCCAUGUGGAGAAACCUUUCCCUGGUGGCCGGGAGGUUAUCAGGGAAGCUCUAUCAAGGCAAGAUAUUCCAGAGAGUUCAAUAAACGUUUGUUUGUCAUCUAUUUCCCUCUCCACAUUGAAGCAAUACACUUCAGGGCUCAAGUUAUGGUGGGAAUUCUGCAGCAAUCGAAAUGUUAACCCAUAUGAGGUAUCUGUAGAAAGGGUUUUGGAAUUUUUAACCUUGUUUUUUGAGAAGGGUUCAUCCUAUAGAACCUUGAAUACAUAUCGAGCAGCCUUAGGGCAAAUAGCAGGUCCUGUUUUGGGUAAUGAUUUCCGACUUAAAAGAUUUUUUAAAGGAGUCUUUGGAGUGAGGCAACCUUUACCAAAAUAUGAAAACAUAUGGGAUCCGGGAAUUGUCUUAAAUUUCAUUCGUUCACUUGAUAAGAAUGAAAUAUUAUCUUUAGAAGUCAUUACUAAGAAAUUGGCAACCUUACUGGCCUUGGCUACUGGGCACAGACUACAGACACUAAGUUUAAUUGAAAUAGCAAACAUUUGUAUUAAAGAUGACAAAAUAGAAAUUCCUAUUCCAGGAAAGAUUAAAACAUCGAGAUUUAAUAAAAGUCAGCCCUUUUUAGUUUUGCCAUUUUUUAACUCUGAGCCUAUAGUCUGUGUGGCCAGGUCUCUUAGAACUUAUUUGGUAAUAACUGAUACUCUAAGGAGUGGUUGUAAAUAUUUAUUUAUUUCCAUUAAAAAGCCGCACCACAGAGCAACUACGCAAACCAUUGGUAAAUGGAUUAAGUGCUUUUUGAAAAAGAGUGGUGUGGACGUAAACCGUUUUAAGCCACAGAGUACACGGCAUGCGGCUACAUCUGCGGCAGCACGACAGGGUGUUAAUUUCGAUACGAUUAGACGGGCUGCAGGGUGGUCUGAAAAUUCCAAAACUUUUGCAAAUUUUUACAACAGACCUUUGGUCAACAAUAAUAAAGAUUUUGCGAAUGCUAUUUUGUCUUUGAACUAA